CUAGGGUCAGUCAAGUGUGUAGUGUCGAAUGAUGGAGAGUGUAUCGCAACGGGGCGUGGUUAUCGCGAAAGCCUGACCUGUCGGGGCCUUGCUGCGCCUCCGCAUAGGCACAAUCAGCAGGCAAGCCGCGCCUGCCCCGCCCUGAGCCCGUCCAAACAUCCUUACAGAACCAAGAGCAUGGCGCAGGACAUCAGCUUCAGCCUGAAAGACUCAGAUUGCUGGUCUACCAUACAGCUACCCACAGCUUUACAAGCAUUCGUUCUCUUCUCUAUAUACUGAUCUUUGGAGUAAACGGUUAAGCCGGUUGCUACAAUCUCAUCCUACCAAUCUGCCGCGUCGAGCCUCUUGUAUCUCGUUCCCACCGUAUGCGCCUACCAUAGGCCUACAAGAAUCGAUGCGUCUUUUGAAGUACGAGGAGGAUGGCGAGCUCAAUAUCCUCAGCUUCAACGAUAACGCGGUACUUCCCUAUGCGAUACUUUCACACGUGUGGGGAGCAGAUGUGGAGGAGGUGACUUUUGCAGAUCUUGUGAGAGGCGAUGGCAAGGCUAAGCGCGGCUACGAAAAGAUUCGCUUCUGCGGAGGACAAGCACAGCAAGAUGACUUACAAUACUUCUGGGUCGACACGUGCUGCAUCGAUAAGACAGACAAGGCUGAGCUCUCCCAGGCCAUCCGAUCCAUGUUUCGCUGGUAUCAGAACGCGGCGAAAUGCUAUGUGUACCUGCCAGACGUAUCAACAAAGAAGAGGAAAUUUGGUGAUAUGCUUACCGAGCCCACUUGGAAGCCUGCUUUCAGGUCAAGCCAAUGGUUCACGCGUGGCUGGACGCUUCAAGAGCUUCUUGCCCCCAAGACAGUUGAAUUUUUCUCUCAAGAAUGGGAGAGGCUUGGGGACAAGGCAUCACUAAAGCCAUUAAUCCACAAAAUCACUAGCAUCUCACACGAAGCGCUCGACGGAGCUCCUCUCUCUCAGUUCAGUGUCAACGAACGGUUGCGGUGGAAAGAAGGCCGGGUGACCAAACACGAAGAAGACGGAGCGUACUCGCUGCUAGGCAUUUUCAACGUCGAGAUAGCGCCGGUGUAUGGCGAAGGUGCAGCCGGUGCCUUCAGGCGCCUUAUGGACGAGAUCUACAAGAUGGAAAGAUGCGUCCAAGACAUACGCAGCACAGAUCCGCAUGACGACAAGAAGCGCAUUGAGGAGAUCAAAGGCGGACUGCUAGCUGGCUCCUACCGCUGGGUUCUCGACAACGCCACUUUCCAGCAAUGGCAACAGGACCGGCACAGCCGACUGCUGUGGAUCAAAGGCGAUGCUGGCAAAGGUAAGACGAUGCUGCUCUGCGGGAUUGUUGACGAGUUGAAGAAAUCGACAAACGAUCUUCUCUCUUUCUUCUUCUGCCAAAGUACCGACUCUCGCAUCAACAGCGCCACCGCUGUGUUGCGCGGCUUAAUCUACCUGCUCGUCAGGCAGCAACCGUGGCUGACAUCACACCUGCGGAAGAGAUAUGAACAAGCGGGUGGCUCUCUCUUCCAAGAUGCCAACGCCUGGGUAGCCCUGUCCGAAGUCUUUACAAGCAUGAUGCAGGAUGAGGGCUUGAAGACAAGCUGUCUAGUUGUUGAUGCUCUCGAUGAAUGCGUGGUGGACCUGCCCAAGCUCCUAGACCUGAUUGUUCGUACCACAGCGUCGUCACCUCGUGUAAAGUGGCUUGUGUCGAGUCGGAACGAGGGUCACAUCGAGCGGAAGCUUAAGUCGGUCGGCGAUGAAGCAAAGCUGAACCUGGAGCUGAAGCAGAACGCGGAGCAGGUAGUUCGAGCUGUGGAUGUGUAUAUCGACCACAAGCUAUCUUGUCUCGAGUGGCUCGGAGGGGAUGAUCUGCGACGGCAGUUGCGAGAUGAGCUACGCCGUAAGGCGAACGGCACCUUUCUUUGGGUUGCUCUGAUGAUGCAAGAGCUUGAGAAGCCGGAGAGCUGGGACCCUCUUGCGGUAGUAGAAGAAGCGCCAGCAGGCUUACACCAGCUGUACGAUCGCAUGAUGAACCAGAUCCAGCGGCUGUCGAAAAGGAAUGCGGAUAUCUGUCGGUCUCUACUCUGCACUGCGGCGGUCGCAUACCGUCCGCUUUACCUUGCUGAGAUGGGCAGCUUGCGCAGAUUGGCAGGUCGGGCUACGGUGUUGCCGGAGACUGUCAGAAAGAUUGUAGCCCUGUGUGGUUCAUUCCUCACGAUUCGUGAUGAGCAAGUCUACCUCGUUCACCAGUCAGCCAAGGACUAUCUAAGCGACAAGAUGCGAGCUGCAGCCCUUCCAUCUCGGUUUGAGAUGCACUAUGAACUGUUCGCUCAGUCACUCAAGCUUAUGUCCAGCACACUAAAACGCGAUAUGUAUAAUCUAGUUGAGCUAGGCUUCUCGAUCGAUGAGGCUGAAAUACCCGAUUCUGAUCCGCUAGCGACUGUGCGCUACUCCUGCGUCUACUGGGUCGACCAUAUGUACGACUCAAAACCCAAGUCUUGGACAAGCGGUGUCAGUGAUCUGCAGGUCACAGGCGUCAUCGAGGAGUUUAUGAUGAAGAAGUAUCUCUACUGGCUAGAAGGCCUCAGUCUGUGCAAGAGCAUGGCAAAAGGUGUAGUUUUAAUGGCGAAACUAUGCUCUCUGGUCCAGGAGAUGCAAGGCACGGACGAGCUUACUGGGCUUGUCCAGGAUGCGUGCCGAUUUAUUAUGUACCACAAAGGGGCAAUCGAGAGCUACCCUCUGCAAACGUAUGCAUCUGCGCUGUUGUUUAGUCCGACAGGAAGCGCAAUCAGAAGGUUGUUCCAGCAUGAAGAGCCAAAAGGAGUCACAGUCAAGCCAGCGAUGAGCAGCGGCUGGAGUGCCUGCUUGCAGACGCUCGAAGGCCAUAGCAGUGGUGUCAAGUCUGUAGCCUUCUCGCACGACUCGACCAUGCUGGCGUCGGCGUCAGACGAUAAGACCGUCAAGCUGUGGGAUGCGAGCAGCGGCGAGUGCUUGCAGACGCUCAACAUCCGCAAGACGUUUCACAACCUAUCCUUCGACUCCACCAGCUCUUUUCUCUAUACUGAGAUCGGUACUAUUGCCAUACACAGCUCAGGAACUUCUAGCAAGCCAGCUGUCGCGCAACUUGAGCGCCCUUUGCGUCCGGGCACAAGUCUUAGCUCAGAUAACGCAUGGAUCAAGCAUGACGGCAGGAAGAUUCUAUGGAUACCAUCAGAGUAUCGAUCGUCGUACUCGACGGUGUGCGGGACCACGGUUGGUAUGGGCGUUAGGUCUGGCAGAGUGUGGCUUUGCAGUAUUGGUCUUGCAGAUGCUCAUAUCCAUUCGUAGCAAAGCAAAAAUAAGGGCUGGUUCUUCUCUACUAUAUCUUAGCCCUUCUGCAUCUCUGUUUCACAUAAGCGGACGGGAAUACACACAAGCAUAGAGGUUGCAUUUUGCUGCAUAGAAGCUUGAGGAAUCCCUAAAGAAUGGCUGUUACUAUGUUGUGCCUUUGUGUGGAUCUUGAGAAUCAAGUUCUCGCUAUCUAAG